AUUGACAUUACGGCUUCUAGUGAGUUGGUGAUGGGGACUCUCUUCCUCUUCCAGACUGGAAUUGGGCUCCUAGGAAAUGUCUCACUCCUUUGUUUUUAUGUACUGACUUCAUUCACUAAACACACUCAGCGACCUGUAGAUCUAAUACUCACCCACUUAGCCUUAGCCAACUCCCUGUUCCUUCUCUGUAGGGGAAUCCCUCAGAUACUGGAUGCUUUUGCUUUCAAAUAUUUUAUGGGAGAAGUUGAGUGUAAAGUUAACUUUUAUACUCAAAGAGUGGCCCGGGGGGUUUCCCUCUGCUCCACCUGCUUCUUGAGUGGCUUCCAAGCUAGCAUGCUCAGCCUUGGUAACUCCAGGUGGGCAGAACUCAAACGCAAAGCUCCUAAAUUUAUUCCAUCCUGCUGUUCCCUCUGUUGGGUUCUUCAUCUCCUAAUACAUUCUGCUGUGCCAGUGAAAAUUACUCACUCGGGGCAUACUGCAAACAUUACAAAAAUAAAUUUGGGAUUGUGUUCUGGAAAAGGAAUAGAUUCAUUUACAUUGUCAUUCCAUGCAUUCCUGUUUUCCUUCACUGAUAUUUUGUUUUUGGGACUCAUGAUUUGGGCCAGUGGCUCCAUAGUGAUCUUCCUGCAAAGACAUAAGCAGAGAGUCCAGUAUAUUCACCGCACCAGCCUCUCUCCCAGAGCCUCCCUGGAGACCACUGCCACUCACACUGUCCUGCUUCUGGUGAGCUUAUUUGUUUCCUUUUAUUCUGUCUCCUCUGCCUUUUUCAUUUACCUCACUUGCUGUGUCACCUCAAGCCUGAGACUGUGGAACAUCAAUGUCUUCCUGGCGGCUUGUUUCCCAGUUUUCAGUCCCUUUGUGCUCAUCACCCGUGAUAUUCAACUCUUCAGAACUUACUUUGUCAGUGGUGGUAAAAUGAAAACCUUCAAAUAG